CCUCCCGGUCGUGUUUGUGAACCACAAACAGCGAGCCGACUAGCUACAGCUGCAAGCAAGAUACACGUGCCGGAAGCACGGUCGAGCAUGGCGAACCCUAAGGCGGCCAAGAAGAAACGGCCACCGCCUCCACCGCCAUCGAGGCUGGCGCCAUGGUAUCCGGCGGUGGUAGCCAUGGGCGUCGCCGUCGCGCUAGCUUUUCUAGCAAAAGCUUUGGCACCGCCGAUACACUUCCUGUCGACCUACAACCGCAACCAGAUGAAGGACGUAUUCCUAGGCAAAGGGAUGUGGGUGGUGCUCUGCAGCGGGGAGGGCGCGGGGUACGACGCCGUGUACAAGAGGUUCGGCACGGCCUCGAAGGCCAUGACGGGCUCUGCCAAGUUCGGUGUCGUUGACUGCGCGGGCUCGCUGCCCUCCGGCAAGAGCAUCCUCCAGAAGUUCGACCUUUCGGAGGAAGUGAAGCCGGUUCUGUUCGUCACCGGCGCUGGGCUGACGCCAGCCCAGGCCUCGAGCCGCAACAUGGAGACGCACGCGUCCCUGCUCAAGUGGGUGCAGGUCAUGGCGACGCCGGGAGCGUCCCCCGUGACGUCCACGCGCGAGCUGGAGAGCAAGUGCCUGAAGAAGGAGCGGUGUGCAUUGGUCAUGAAGGCGGGACCACUUGAGGACGAUGUGAAGGAUGCCUUCAAGGAUCUCAUGGGCAAUCACCGCAACCUCAAGUUCGUGAGCAUAGACUCGACGAAGCUGGAGACGUCCCUCGAGAAGAAGCUGGGCAUCAAGCCCGUCGACGGGUCUCACCAGCUGGUGCACUUCACUCGCUACAAUGUCACGGGGAAAGUGAAGGUGGGUACGCCUCGCUGGGGAGUUCAGGUAUACAGCGGAGCUUUAGAGACGGCCUCGAUGUCGGUGUUCAUCGAAGGGGCGGCGAUAGCGGGAACCAAGGAAAAGACGGCGCUCACCCGCCUCCCCACGGUGAUGACCCGCAAGGAGCCCAAAGCGAAACCGCCACCGCCGCCGCCGAAGCCGGAAGGGGGGGAGGAACGGGGAGCGUCAGCCGAGGGGCUGGGGGGGGCGGGGAAGUACGAAGGGAUGGACAAGGAGAAGUUGUUGGAGGCUUUCCGGAAGAAGCAGGCGGAGCGGGAGGUCGCGAGAAGAAAAGAGAUGGACGAAGAGGCGGAUAACUUCCUCUUCGAGGCGGUGGACGAGGGUGAUCAAGAGGGCAAUGCGGGGGAGACCUUCGGGUUAGAAGGAGACGGGGAUGGGGACGAGGAGCAGGAGGAAGAGGAGGAGCAGGAGGAGCAGGAGGAAGAGAUCGUAGACCUAGACGAAAUGUGAUAUGUGUCGGUCACGUGAACACAUGUGGAUUGCUAGCUUUGGCUCUAAUUGGGUCCGAUUCUUUGUGGCCCAAGCUCGCCAUGCGUACGAAAGUUGUUACGAUGGUCAUGUGCGUUAGGUCGCGGAAACCCUAGAGGCAAUCUAUGUCCGAGCUGUCACCCCGUGUUCUGCAAGGUCUUCCUUGCUACAUGUAUGUAUGGCACGGACCACGCUUGCCGGUAGUGUGUGUGUUUGCGUUGAACCUGAUUUGUGCGUGCGGCCCUUUUGUCCAUGUCCUUGAAGCUGGGCAUGCAGAGCGUUUCCAACGCAGUUGCCACUAUUAAUAGUACAUUGUACACGGUAUGCGCAAAAACAAUCGCACAUCACAGCUAAUUUGGUCUUCCUGCAUCGCCGGGGCAGUGCCGCAGGCAAAGCACGUCUCUUUUCUCCACACAUCGCUAAGUCGCAUUCUCGUUUGCUUCCUGUCAUGCGUGGACAGCAGGAGUGCUAUGCAUACAUAGCCGUGUAGGCGUUGGGUGGCAGCUGUUUGUUGUCUUUUGACAUCCUCUCGGGGUGAGGUCGAAUCGUGUGCUUGACUGCUCUGCGCCCGACACGAACGACCGUGCUGCACAUGAUCCGUGGAGUUUGCAUCGCAAGACCCUGUCAUGGGCGCAUGAAUCUAUGGGAUGGGGACAUGGCGAGACACGUUCUUAGGGCGAUGAAUGGAUUGGGCAUCCCGGCGGAGGGGAGGGGUGAGAUUUUCCCAACUCCCGAGUAACCACGUGUGGUUGUAUGCUAGGUAUGAUCAGAGAGUGUUUGCGCACAAGACUUCGAAAUCGCGUAUCUUCGGAGGUAGAGGUUCCUCAAGGUGGCGCUACUGUAGUUUUCGUCCGGACGAGGCGUUUCGAGCCUCAUCGUGCACAUCGUGUUGUGUGUGUGUGUGUAAAUAGACCAUUCAUGGGAUUCAAACACU